CCCAAUUUGCCGCCGAGCUUCGUGUGCUGCUGAGGAUGAAGGUGAAGAUCAAGCAGUGGAACGGAGUGGCGUCCUGGCUGUGGGUGGCCAACGACGAAAACUGUGGCAUCUGCAGGAUGCCCUUUAACGGCUGCUGCCCGGAUUGUAAGGUUCCCGGAGACGACUGCCCGCUGGUGUGGGGUCAGUGCUCCCACUGCUUCCACAUGCACUGCAUCCUGAAGUGGCUGAACUCCCAGCAGGUGCAGCAGCAGUGUCCCAUGUGUCGCCAGGAGUGGAAGUUCAAAGAGUGACGUGCCGCGCUUCAGAUCCCAAAACGAAAGAAAACUCUCUGAUCCCAGCCAAAACUGCUCGGACGAUGACGGAUUACCGGCUGACGAGGACAGAAUCUGAAAGUGGCGUGUUUUCACAGGAAAAGGCGAGGAUUCGUGCCUUUAGGUGCUGAG